CCGAUGUUCCCAUGAAUUGGUCAGCCAUUAUUUUGUCUAACUUUGAAUCAUUCUUAAGACCACAAUAAUCAUGAAGGGAUCAAGCAUCUACAUUUUGAGUAUCUUCGUAUUUUUUACAAUUGUUCUAGCACCAACAAAUGCCUGGCAAUACACAGUGUUGUACAUCAGUGACUACAAUGAAAAUUAUAAUAAAAUCCACACAAUGUACAACGGCGCUGGUAUCCUUUACUCUCAGCGAUCAACUUAUUAUCGGAACUACGAAUCUGAUGCCAUAACAAUAACCACAGCCUCUUCCAGACGAAUCAUGCUCAAUUUUGAGCGACUCGCAGUGGAGUCGAACUCGUACGGAUGCCAUGACCGAAUAAUGAUCUAUGAUGGACAAAAGGGAAUUGGAAACUUGCUUACCCCAAGCUCCGGACUCUGUGGCUCUCAACUGCCAAGAAUGUACUAUUCAUCCGGUAAUACUCUGUAUAUUCAAUUCAUUACGGACUCUUCGAGAACUUAUACCGGAUUUAAACUCCUGUUUACUUCCUUCAUGGAGUGUAAUGCAAGUUCAGUGUCUGGCAAGUUUAAGUGCGAUAACAAUUUCUGCAUCGACGACUUCUUAGUUGAGGAUAAUCACAAUAAUUGCGGAGAUAAUUCUGAUGAAUACGGUUUAACAGCCGGUGAGAUUGUAGGAAUUGUAUUUGGAGCAUUGUUCGGUGUUUUAAUAAUGGUUGGCCUGUUUGUUAUGUGUGUGAAGGAGUCUAAAGGAAGAAGGAAGGCUAGGACCGCAAUGCCAGCAAACUCGCCGCAUGUGGUUCCAGUCAACACAUACAACAACGUGGCGUACGCCACCAACCAACAGGUAGCUUUCCAACCGAGUGGGGUCGCUGCACCGCCACCAAGUUACUUCGCCAACCAACCACCUCCUCCUCCUGCCUACAUAGCCACAUAGACGGAAUUCCAAGUACAGAGCAACAAUAUUAAUCCUAGACAUCUGAUUGGGCGGAUGUUGCAUUCGAAAUUUUUAAAUAGAUACAGUAGAACCCCUCCUUUAGGACAACCCUAGCAGGUCCGUAUCCAGGGGGUGGGGGUGGUUUAUGGAUUUAUUUGGGAAAUUUAAAGAGGGGUUUC